CUGUUUCCCUUUGCUUUUUUUGUUUAUCUUUCUUUUUUUUCCCAUUUCAUUUUUCAUGUGUUAAUUAAACCCGAGAAAUGCAUAAAAGAUGUAAAAUUUAUUUCUGUUUAGAUUAACACUAAUCUGGGAUUAAUUUGUUUUCUGAAAUCGCAAUGCACGUUGUGAUGGAUUGGAUGAUGCCCUUUUCGUGAUCCUUUUUUUGUUGUUUGUUUUGUUUGAAAUUCCUUAAUUUUAUAGAAAAUUAAUAUGCUGGGUAAUCCAUAUGCUUGAAGCAUUAGAAUUUGCAGAAAAGUUUGUUGCUUUGUUUUUGAUUCACACAGAAUUGGUGUUCUUGAACUCUAUCUGGGUUUCUCACAUGAAUUAGGUUAGGUGAGUUUCGUUUCGUUUUAUUUAAGGUAUAUCGUUGGUUGUUGAUUUGUCAUUAUUAAGAACAGUUGGGAUGGUUAGAGUUUAAUGUUUGAUUGUCUUCUGGUACUUCUUGUUAGUAGCUAGCUUCUGUCAUGGUUGGUGAUGCACAAUUAGGUAUGGUUUAUUUGUUUAUUUAUUUUCGUACAAUGCGGUAUUCUGAACUACUCUGAUUUUCGGGGAGGGGGAUUUGAACUCGGGUGCGAUAGUGCGGACACACUGCCUAACUCACAUCUAUGGGAUGCUUAGUUCUGAUUUGGGUGGAUAGGAGCAGCUAUUACCUUGAUCGACCGGUGAUCUCCUCGAGUUUUUGUAACUGGAAGGUCAUGAGAUUGUAGAGCAAUUGGUAGGCAGAUGGCAGCAAGGGGAAAUUCAUCUGUACAUGUGCAGAAGAACUUAGAGGGGUUUGUAAACAUAUUAACAUCUGCAGCAUGUGAAUGGGUUUUGAUCUUUCUUCUGCUUGUCGACGGACUGUUAUCCUAUCUGCUGACUAAAUUUGCAGAAUAUUGCAAUUUGCAAAAGCCUUGCAUCUUUUGCUCCAGGUUUGAACAUGUUAUAGGCAGUGAAAAACCAAAACCUCAACUUUAUCAGGAUCUACUUUGCAGCAACCACAUAUCUGAGUUCUCGUCAUGGUUGUCUUGUCAAAUUCAUGGUAAGCACGAUGGCAAUGGAAUGUGUGAAGAUUGCAUCGUGUCAUAUGCCAAAAAGGGCAAGUCAAACCCCGAAAAGCACAUGUUUUCGGCUGGCAAGUCGGAUUCUGAUAUUGGAAGUUCCGGUUUUAGGAGGUCCAUGCAGAACAGAAAGUUUGUUCAUAGUUCUGUGGGUGUAAGGCCAUGCUCUUGUUGCAGUAGGCCUUAUAGACCUAGAGAAAAUGCUCGAGGACUACAACGAAAAUCAUCUGCUUCCAAACCUAAUAUUCCUUUGCCACGCUUUUCAAGCCGUAGUCGUAUACCUCGCAGGGAUGGUUCAAAGAAGACCAGGGAUAAAAUUUCUGGAUCAGUAACUACUCGUCGUCCUGGAAAACUUGGCUGGGAUCCCUUGCCACAUAGAGGACGCAAGUUGAGGAUUAGUUCUGAUACUGACUCCACUCUUCGUCCUGGAAAAUUUGGCUGGGAUCCCUUGCCACAUGUAGGAUACUCUGAGUUGAGGAUUAAUUCUGAUACUGAAUCCGCUCGUCGGGCUGGAAAACUUGGCUGGGAUCCCUUGUCUCAUGUAGGAUACACUGAGUUGAAAAUUAGUUCUGAUACCGAUUCUGAGAUUCCAUUUUCUGAUGAAGACGGUGGUAGCAGCAUAAUCAUUGGAAAUCGGGAGCAUAAGAAGGAAGCUUUAGUAGUUCAAUAUACUUCAGAAAAACCAUUCAAAGCACCGCUAAAUGGUUUGAAUCCGGCAAAGCAGAGCAACGUUACCACCGACCACAAGCCUAUACUUUCUGAUCCAAGUGUGCAGCCAGAUGGUAGCACGAGGUCUGAUAUAAAAUUCUUAGGCUCGAAUGUUGCUUCAAAGAAUGGCUUGGGUGAGCUUAACUGGCAGCAAGCGAGUCAGAAUUCCAUCCCUUAUGCAUUCCCUGAGCUUAUUUCACUGGAUGAUAUCCCUCCAUUUAAUGUUGUUGAAACUAGUUUUACUGGGACAAGCGACUUUGGAGAUGCACCCAUCAGUAAGGAUGAUGAACUUUUGAAGUUUUUAAGUGCAACAGAUGGAGCACCUACUAAAACUGAUCUUAUCAUCAAUGACCAACCUCUUACGAAGCCAAAUCAUAUUAAUGUAAAUGCUGUGUCUGAGUCAGCAGGCAUUGGUGAGAAAGGAGAUACAUCCAAUUCUAUUAAAGAACAACCUACAGUGAAGGUACCUGUUAGAGUUGAUGGGGAAGUGAAACCAGCGGACUCACAAAAUUCUUCAGCUCGGGGGAGAAAUUUAUCAUCAAAUAAUACUGUUUCAAGGGUACUUGGUGUUGGUGAUGAAAAUCCGGUAACUGAGGCUUCCAAAUCGUCUGCUCAGAAGAGUAAUUUAUCAUCCAAUAGUACAAUUUCAGGGGUACAUGGUGUUGGUGAUGAAAAGCCGAUUAGUGUUGCUUCCAAAUCUUCUGCUCAGGAGAGUAAUUUAUCAUUGAAUGGCACAAUUUCAGCGGCACGUGGUGUUGGUGGCAAAAAGCCAGUACCUGAUGCUUCAAAGUCUUCUGCUCGGAAGAGUAAUUCAUCAUCAAAUAAUACAAUUUCAGGGGUAUGUGGUGGUGGUGAUGAAAAACAGGUAACUGAUGCUUCCAAUUCUAAUCCAAAUCCGGGGCUUAAAACAUCAUGGUCAGUAGAAUCUGGUCUUGAAUCUCUGGAUGAAGGAUAUGUCAGUGAAAUUGAAGGUGAAAGUAUUGUUGAUCGGUUAAAACGACAGGUUGAUUAUUAUAGAAAGUGCAUAAAGGAGUUGUUCAGGGAAUUAGACGAAGAAAGGAAUGCCGCUGAAAUUGCUGCAAAUCAGGCAAUGGCCAUGAUCACAAAGCUACAGGAAGAGAAAGCUGCAGUCCAUAUGGAGGCCCUUCAGUAUUUAAGAAUGAUGGAAGAGCAGGCCGAGUUUGAUGUAGAUGCACUCGAAAAAGCCAACAAUCUCCUGGUUGAAAAGGAGAAAGAAAUACAGGACUUGGAAGCAGAGCUAGAAUUUUCUAAGUUCAAUAUCGCAGAUGAAUCGACAAUGGACAGUAUGCCAAUGCCGGUAAAAAGUUAUGAUUUGAAGGGUAAGAUUGACACAGUGGAGAGUACUUUGGUACCUGAAGCUGUUGUUCCCAGAGUAAAAAGUGAUGUCGAAGCUACUGGUAACUCAACAGUUACCGAGGUACCUAAAGCUAGCAAUGAACGCCUUUUUUCUGAGACAACACUUUUGGAGUUUGAAGAUGAAAAAUUGUACAUUUCAAAUUGUUUGAAGAGCUUGGAGAGGAAGCUUUCCGAAAUUUCCUGUAACGGGGCUUCCACCAACAUGCCUAAUGGUGGGCAUUCUAGAAAGCAUACAGAUGAUGAACCAAAUCAAGUACAGACGCCUAAAAAAUUUAGGCUUUUAUUAAAUGGUCAGAUUGAAGAGGAAGUUGUGCAGACGCCAAACGAUUUACAUAUAUCUAACGGAAGCGCUGCUCCACAAGAGGGACUAAUUCAUUGCGAUAGUUUAGACUGUGAAGACAAAAAAGAUUCUGAAUUGAAUGUUCUGGAAAACGAAAUGUCAGACCUUAAUGACAGGUUGGAGGCGCUCGAGACUGAUCAUGAUUUUCUUGAGCACAUGCUUUACUCUCUUCAAAAUGGACAGGAAGGGCUACAGUUUGUUCAAGAGAUAGCUCAGGAGCUGCGAGAACUGCGAAAAAUUGGCGCAGCUUUCAGAAAUCAGUCUGUUCCCUAACUUCAAAUGGAAAAUUACACGGUACAUUUGAAAUUUGGAAGGCAGAAGUAAUGAUACAUCAGCCGAGCAUUUCGGUGCAAAAGUGAAGAAAUCAAUUGCAUUCCUUCAGUCACCCACAGUCAUGAAAAAUCAAAAUGAUUUCAUGUACAGGUACCAGCCAAAACUCUUGGAAGGAAAAACCAAAAAAAGGUCUAUACUAGGACAUGGCGUUAUCAUCUCGUAAGCGCACAAUUUUCCAUCGGCCUUCUUUUUCCUCUGUUAGGUCCGAUUUUCCCCAUUGUUUGUUUGGAGAACUGGCAGGAAUUUUCAAGUUCAAAUUUAUUGAUAAGGCUGUAAAAUUAGCAUUCUUGUGUAGCUGAUAUUUCUUGUUGUCAAGGUUAAGGCUCUAUUUUUAGCCAAACCACUUCCAUUGUAAAUUCAAGCAGGUCUUUUCUAGUAAGUUUAGAGUAGUUUUCUCCA